AUGAAACUCACCGUCAUCACCGCGACCCUUGGCCUUCUCUUUGCUGGCGCAUCGGCGCUCGACAAGCCCUUGGACAUUGAAGUCUUAAAGGCGAACGAAUGCACCACAAAGACCAAAGUUGGUACGAAUUAGCAGCAGCAGCGCCUCUCCCUCCUCCCCACAAAGUGUCACCUGCUUAUGAUUCUGUAGGCGACAAGAUCAACAUGCAUUACCGCGGCACUCUCGAGGACGGCACGGAAUUCGACGCUUCCUACAACCGUAACCAGCCCUUGGGCUUCGUUCUGGGCAAGGGCCAGGUCAUCAAGGGAUGGGACGAGGGCUUGAAAGAUAUGUGUGUCGGGGAUAAGAGGAAGCUCACGAUCCAGCCCGACUACGGGUACGGUGCGAAAGGUGUUGGACCCAUUCCGGGCAACGCGGUCUUGAUCUUCGAGACGGAGCUGGUGGAUAUCAACGGCAAGAGCAAGGAUGAGCUCUAG